GUCAGUCUCACUGACCCCCCUCUCAUUCUCGCCCGUAAGGCGGAAAGGUGCUGUGCGUGCCCGAAGUAUAUAAGGGGCCGACCGACGGCGGGACAACUCACUGGUCUUCUCGGGUCCACGAGUAAACAGCUCACAAGCCAACCAUGAACUCCUUCGCCGUCGUUGCCCUUCUGGGACUCAUCGCCGCCGCUAACGCCGGUGGUGUCGGCCUCUUCGGAGGUGGAUACGGCGGCCACGGUUACGGCGGCUACGGCUACGGCGGUCUCGGCUAUGGUGGCUAUGGUGGCUACGGCGGCUACGGACACGGUGUCGCUGUCGCUGCCGCUCCCGUCGCUGUCGCCGCCGCCCCGGUCGCUGUCGCUGCCCCCGCUGUGGCCUACGCCCGCCCCGCUGUGGCCUACGCCCGUCCCUCUGCCGCCCUCGUCGGCUCCUCCUACGCCAGCCACGUUAACCACGGCGUGAGCUACACCGCCCGCGCUGUCGCUGCUCCCGUGGCCGUCGCCCGCCCCGCCGCUGCCGUCGCUGUCGCCGCUCCCGUGGCCGUCGCCCGCCCCGCCGCUGCCGUCGCUGUCGCCGCUCCCGUGGCCGUCGCCCGCCCCGCCGCUGUCGCCGCUCCCGUCGCUGUCGCCGCUCCCGCCGUGGCUGUCGCUGCUCCCGCCGUCGCUGUCGGCGGAUACGGUCUUGGCCUCGGCUAUGGCGCUGGUCUCGGCUAUGGCGCUGGUCUCGGCUAUGGCGCUGGUCUCGGCUAUGGCGUGGGUCUUGGCUACGGACACGGCUACGCUCUUGGCGGCUACGGCGGCUACGGCGGCUACGGAGGCUACGGUCUUGGCUACAAGAAGUACUAAGCGGUACCAAGUCACUUAGGAAACAAAUACUGAAUGGAUGGUCCCGCCAGAAGACCGGCCCUUGGGACGAGGACUGCAAGAGCGUCCAGCUUGCGCUGGCCUACGCAGCGGGCCAAGAGUCAUUGGUUGUUGUCGUUAAUAAAAUGUUUAAGUUAUUGAAAAACAAAAUGCUCUGCGAUUUUGCACUUUCAAGGGAGAGGGGAGAGGCAAAAAAAAUGGCAUGGUGAACCACAUUUUUUUGCGGGAAAAACAAGGUCAAUGCACUGUAGCCGCUAGUUUAUAUUAUCGGGAUAUGGGCUUCAAGAAAGCAGACACCUGGGACUACUUCAUCCGCACACACGUUAUCAUUCAUAGAGCUUCAUGUUUUUUUUCUUGGACUUUGGCAGUUCAUACGCGGGAGUUCGGUGGCUUUGUGUAUCCCUUACAUUUCUUUUUCUUAUUUCAUGGCUUGUGUAUAUCCUCGCUUUGCUUGUAACAAAGCUUGGGAAAUAAAUGAAUGCUUCCGAGAACCCUGCACCAAA